AUGUUAUCUCAGUGUCUGUGCCAAGUUUACAAAUGUUUGUUUCUGGGCAACUUAAAACUGAAUUCAGUAAAUGUGGCUACAUUGUCCAGAAGGAUCCAUUCUUCAGCAAAAAAGCUUUCUGACUGUGAGUUAAAGGAACAAACCGCCCAGAAACGUGAAACUGAAGAGUUUGCUCAAAGUACAGAAAACAGUAAUUUUGGGAGAUUGCACAUACCAGUGAUGCUGGAGGAGGUUGUUAAUUGUUUAUCCCCCCAACCAGGCCAGCGUUUCCUUGAUAUGACGUUUGGAGCCGGCGGUCAGCUAGACAGGGACCCCACGGCUUAUAAAAUAGCUCAGCAGCUUCCAGAAUCGUACCCGAACCAGAUUCAAGCUCUACUAGGACCAUUCAGCCAGUCAGAGGCUUUGUUAAUCUCCUCUGGAGUUGAGCCGGGGACUCUAGAUGGAGUUCUCUUGGACGCUGGCUGUUCUUCUAUGCAGUUUGAUACACCCGAAAGAGGUUUUUCCCUGCAGAAGGACGGACCCUUGGACAUGAGGAUGGAUAGUGACAGGUACCCUGACAUGCCCACUGCUGCUGAUGUUGUGAAUGCUUUAGAUCAACAGGCGCUUGCGUCCAUCCUGAGAACGUACGGGGAGGAGAGGCACGCCAAGAAAAUCGCUUCAGCCAUCGUUCAGGCACGCAGCAUAUACCCCAUCACCAGAACUCAGCAGCUUGCAAGCAUUGUUGCAGGUGCUUUUCCAGCAUCAGCAUUGUAUGCACGAAGAGACUUGCUUCAGAGACCUACGCAUGUCGCUACCAAAACUUUCCAAGGGCUGCGAAUAUUUGUAAAUGACGAGCUCCAUGAACUCUUUAUAGGGCUGAAGACGGCCGAGAAGUUUCUAAAACCUGGGGGUCACCUUGUAGCCCUCUCCUUUCAUUCACUAGAAGAUCGUAUUAUCAAACGUUUUCUUCAUGGAAUAGACAUGACAGAGAAGUACAAUCUUGGCUCAAGGCAGAAGAUAAGAGAGGCUCGGAAAAAUUGCUCCAAAGAGGAAGAUACACGAGAACCUCCCCAUGGAAAAUCCAACUCAAAGUGGAUCUUUAUACAGAAAAAAGUUCUCACACCCCAGGCCAAGGAUAUUCAAACAAACCCAAGAGGAAGGUCGGCCAAGCUAAGAGCUGCAAUUAAACGUUGA